GAGUACAUAGGGCUCCGGUUAAAAGUAGUGCACUAAAUCUGAAAUAGGGUGCCAUUUGGGAGGCGGACCCUAAGUGAUUGGUCAACUUCCUCGGUUAAAGGUUCACUAGUUUAACCAGUAAUCAGUCAGUAAUGGAAAACAAAGCUGUAAAGAAUUUAUAUAAUUUGUGGAUCUUUGUAAAGGUCAGGGGAAACAUUAACGUUGUAGAACGUAGAUAGUGUGGAGAGCAUAGAGGUUCUACUGCCUGAUCUGAAUUUGUUUUGUUGUUGUAGAACGUAGAUAGUGUGGAGAGCAUAGAGGUUCUACUGCCUGAUCUGAAUUCGUUUUGUUGUUGUAGAACAUAGAUAGUGUGGAGAGCAUAGAGGUUCUACUGCCUGAUCUGAAUUCCAUUCCCUGAUUCUAUGGAUGUGACACAGGCUUCGGGAAGGCUGCGGCGCGGCGUCUGGACGCCCAGGGGUUUGAGGUGUUUGCUACGGUGUUGGAUCUGUGUGGGGAGGGAGCCAGGGAGCUCCAGAAGACCUGCUCCCCUCGUCUCACCCUGCUACAGGUGGACAUCACCCAGCCACAGCAGGUCCAACAGGCUCUUCUAGACACCAAGGCCAAACUGGGCCUCAGAGGUCUGUGGGGCUUGGUGAAUAAUGCAGGAGUAUGUGUUAACUUCGGGGAUGCAGAGUUGUCUCUGAUGUCUAACUACCGUGGCUGUAUGGAGGUGAACUUCUUUGGGACUCUGAACGUCACCAAGACAUUCCUGCCUCUGCUGCGUCAGGCCAAGGGACGCAUCGUCACAAUCUCCAGCCCUGCAGGAGAGCAGCCGUUCCCCUGUCUAGCAGCGUACGGAGCCUCCAAGGCAGCUCUCAACCUGUUCAUCAACACACUGCGUCACGAAAUGGAACCCUGGGGGGUCAAAGUGUCCACCAUACUGCCAUCCUCAUACAAGACAGGUCAGUCCGGUAACCAGGAGUACUGGGAGAGUCAGUACAAGAGCCUGAUCCACAACCUGUCCGCAGGCCUGCUGGAGGAGUACGGGGAAGACUACACACACGAGACCAAGGAGCUCUUCCAACACUUCGCUCAGUCGGCUAACGAGGACCUGUCACCAGUCAUCAACACCAUCAGCGAGGCGCUGCUCUCCCCCCGGCCCCUGGUCCGAUACUACGCUGGGCCCGGCGUGGGCCUCAUGUACUUCGUUUAUAGUUAUUUCCCUCUGAGACUCUCGGACAAGUUCCUCCAGAGACUAUUUGUCCGGAAGAAGAUCAUCCCACGAGCGCUGAGGAAAGAGAACAACAACAACAACAACAACAACAACAACAACAUCAACAACAACGUGGAGAAGAUAAAGAAGUAAAACAAUGAGAUGUGUGUUUGUUUUUAAGGUAAAAAGUGGAAGCUGUAGGACCCACUUACGUCAGGUAAAACACGAUCAUCGUGUUGUUGUCUAUUUUUGUUUGAAUAUUGUGGUUUUUGCUUUGGUGUUCAUACUGAAGGGCUCAUUAUAUUGGUGUUCACAUUGAAGGGCUCAUUAUAUUGGUGUUCAUACUGAAGGGCUCAUUAUAUUGGUGUUCAUACUGAAGGGCUCAUUAUAUUGGUGUUCAUACUGAAGGGCUCAUUAUAUUGGUGUUCAUACUGAAGGGCUCAUUAUAUUGGUGUUCAUAUUGAAGGGCUCAUUAUAUUGGUGUUCACAUUGAAGGGCUCAUUAUAUUGGUGUUCAUAUUGAAGGGCUCAUUAUAUUGGUGUUCACAUUGAAGGGCUCAUUAUAUUGGUGUUCAUAUAGAAGGGCUCAUUACAUUGGUGUUCAUAUAGAAGGGCUCAUUAUAUUGGUGUUCAUAUUGAAGGGCUCAUUAUAUUGGUGUUCAUAUAGAAGGGCUCAUUAUAUUGGUGUUCAUAUUGAAGGGCUCAUUAUAUUGGUGUUCAUAUUGAAGGGCUCAUUAUAUUGGUGUUCAUAUUGAAGGGCUCAUUAUAUUGGUGUUCAUAUUGAAGGGCUCAUUAUAUUGGUGUUCACAUUGAAGGGCUCAUUAUAUUGGUGUUCAUAUUGAAGGGCUCAUUAUAUUGGUGUUCAUAUUGAAGAGCUCAUUAUAUUGGUGUUCACAUUGAAGAGCUCAUUAUAUUGGUGUUCAUAUUGAAGGGCUCAUUAUAUUGGUGUUCACAUUGAAGGGCUCAUUAUAUUGGUGUUCAUAUUGAAGGGCUCAUUAUAUUGGUGUUCAUAUUGAAGGGCUCAUUAUAUUGGUGUUCAUAUUGAAGGGCUCAUUAUAUUGGUGUUCAUAUUGAAGGGCUCAUUAUAUUGGUGUUCAUAUUGAAGGGCUCAUUAUAUUGGUGUUCAUAUUGAAGGGCUCAUUAUAUUGGUGUUCACAUUGAAGGGCUCAUUAUAUUGGUGUUCAUACUGAAGGGCUCAUUAUAUUGGUGUUCACAUUGAAGAGCUCAUUAUAUUGGUGUUCAUAUAGAAGGGCUCAUUAUAUUGGUGUUCACAUUGAAGGGCUCAUUAUAUUGGUGUUCACAUUGAAGGGCUCAUUAUAUUGGUGUUCACAUUGAAGAGCUCAUUAUAUUGGUGUUCACAUUGAAGGGCUCAUUAUAUUGGUGUUCACAUUGAAGGGCUCAUUAUAUUGGUGUUCAUA